AUCUCGGAUCAGACAAGCAUUGCGGGCCUUUUAGAGCAUUUGAGCUGAACCCAUGGGCUGGUUCUGUAAUCAGAACAAUAUGUAAAGUUGACCCAAAAACAAAGAAGAUUAUGUAAAAUUUUGACUGUAAAAAAAAGUAAAUAGAAGAAGAACAUGGAAAGUGCCUCCAAGACAAAAAACCAAAAAUAACAAAAUGGCAAAAUGCCUGAUUGCAAACAUUUAUUUUCUAUUUUAUGUGGAAACAUUUUUGUCAUACAAAGAACAAAUUAAAAUGGAAUUAAUUAUAUUUAAUUAUAUAAGUGAAAAUAUAUUCUAACCAAAAUCCAGAGCUUGUCCCUUCACCUUUGCUUCCUGGAGCUGCGAAUUUGACCAAUCUCAUUUUCACAUCAAAACGCAAAAUAGAGAAAUGGCGUUCUUGUUGAGCAAAACCACCAUCGCUUCCCAUUUUCGAUCUCACUCUCAGAAGACUGAAGAUUUGGCUUCUCUCCCGCGCCGUCGAUUCCACAUCGAACCCGGGCCUCGUGAAAAGGCUCUGUUGGCAGAGGAUUCAGCUCUGAAGCCAUUCAAAUCUUAUAAGCGGAGUGUGAAACAACUGAAAAGAAUUGGGGAUGUUCUGACAGUUGUUGUUGUUGCAGGCUGCUGUUACGAAAUAUAUGUCAGAGCAGUUGCGAGAGAAGAAUCUCAGAAACAGUAAUGUUCUGAAAGUUCAGAAUAAAGUGAAUUUUGGGAUGUUAAUUUUCUGUGUCCUGGUUUUUUUGUGGCAACCAUUUGGUCGUUAAGAGAUUAGCCAUUUUAGAAUAAGCAGAAAAGCAUUUGAACCAAACUUGCUUGUGCAUUAGUAGUAGUAUUUUCACUAUUCAAGAUGUACACUGCCUGACGAAAAAGUUGAUAACAAAUUGGCAGAUCACAAAUUUGUGGCCUUUAGGUCUGAAAAACAGAUAGAACUCGUUCAGCCAAGUUUGAGGGUGACAGUUAUUUGAGAGGGGUGUUGUGAUGAUCUAUGCGUUGUGUGAUGCAAUUCUAUAAUUAAGCUUUGCCUGAAAUGUUUAUGAAUCCGAUAAUCAUAUUAAUGGGAAUUGUAACCUAGUGCUGGCAAUAAUAUUUUGCUAGUUUCUUUAAGUCCUCAUUUCAUGGUGUUGGGCUGGGAAG